CUCCUGCUAUCAUCGUCUCUCGCUCUCUAGGAUGGCCGAAUUUCAACCAGUUCAAAUCAAGAACGGUCCUCUGACCUUGGAAAUCUUACCCUACGGUAUCACGAUCCACCGCUUCCUCGCUGAAGUCAACGGAAAGACCCAUGAUUUGGUGAUUGGUCCAGAGAAACCAGAGGACCACAAAACUCAGAAAUACACCAACUCUAUUGUCGGUCGAUAUGCCAACCGAAUUCCCGUGGGCACUCACGUCUUGGAACGGAAUGGCAUCCAGAGCACCUUCGAUGCCAAGGCCAACGAGAACCCUCGUGUCUCACUUCAUGGAGGCCCGGUUGCCUGGGACGCCCUUCCCUGGACCAAUGUGAAGGAGACUCCAUCCCUCUUCACUCAAGCCGAGAUUUCUAGCAUCGCGGCUUUGAAUUCUGAGUCCUACACGGUCUUCCGACUCAUUUCACCCGACGGCGACCAGGGUUAUCCAGGGAAACUUGUUGCCGAGACCCUGCUUGCCAUUGUCGAUGGAGGAGAGGGUUCUUUGGGAAGCGUCGUAAUUGUUUACCGAGCGAAAUUGGACGAAGGUGAAAAGAAGGUCGUCACCCCCGUUAACCUUACCCAACACUGGGGCUUCAACCUGAACGCCAGCUUGGAUUCGCACCCUGUUUCGAUUAAAGAUAAUGUUCUGAUCUUGAAGACGGAUCACAUGGUCGUCAGAGACGGGGAUAGUCUCUCCACCGGAUUCGCCGACACCACUCAGAACCCAGUCCAUACCUUUGGAGGGAAAGCUAUUGGAGAUUUGUACCCAGAAGGGGGUUACGACGAUUACUACCUUUUGAAAGCUGGAGUUCCAUCUUCUGUGCCCACACGAGUUCCGCUCGCUUCUUUCACGUCAGAAUUGAAUUUGGUGCAAGAUCUCUUCAAACCCCAAGGCGCCAGCCAUGGUGCCGCAGCUGAACUCUCUUCAAAGCAGUCCGGCCUCAAGGUCACCUUUGACAGUAAUCAGCAUGGAUUGAUGGUCUAUACCAAUGGGCUUUCAACGGUGAACAAGGGCGCUCGCAAGCUCGCCCACGGCGGUUCUGGUAUCAGUGGCAAUGGCGAUGCCUAUGGCCCUGGAGAUGCCGUGUUCUUGGAAUUCCACCAUCCUCUGACCGCUUUCCUCGACCCCAAAAACAAGGACAAAGAAGAUACCCUUGUUACCUCAGACGAGAUUUACAACAACUUCGUCAAAUGCAACGUACUGAUUAACUGA